AUGAGGUCGUUUGGAGCUCGGAGGUGGCACUGGAGGGGGGUGGUGGUGGAGGAGGUGGAGGAGGCAGAGGUGGCGGAGGGGCUGGUGGCGGGAGUGCUGGCGGGAGUGGUAGCGUCGGUAGCGGCGGUGGAGGCAGUGGCGGCGGAGUGGGUGCCGGCGGCGGUGGCGGCGGCGGUGGUGGCCGGGGCGGUGGUGGCGGCGGUGGUGGCAGUCGGGGUGGAGGCAGUGGCGCUGGCCAGAGACAGCAGUAGCAGCAGCGUCCCCAGACGUCCCAGCAGCUUCACAUGCGGGAAGUUCCACACCCAGCACCGCUGCUUCUCCCGCCUUGACGACGCUUGGCGUGAGGAGAUGGGCGAGGAGUAUGAGCGCUCUCGCUGGCAUAAGCUGCUUAAGGCUGGUGUAGACAUUUUUGCUCUUGACUUUGAUGCUAUUAUCUCUGCUAUUUCUUCCACGGUCCACCACCGUUCUUCCGUGCCCGGCGGUCCCGUCUGGCUCAUUGUCAGGUCUCCACCUCCCCUCGUUCUCGACGAACUUGAGGCUCCUCUGCAGACCCUCCACCUGGACGUGUGGGGCCCAGCCCGCGUUCGUGGACAGGGCGGUGAGCGGUACUUUCUGCUGGUUGUCGACGACUACUCGCAUUACACCACGGUCUUCCCCUUGCGCACCAAGGGUGAGGUCCCUGCUGUCCUGAUCCCUUGGAUCCGAGCAGUUUGUCUCCAGCUCCACCGGAGAUUCCGUACGGACCUUCCUCUCCUGCGUCUGCACUCUGACAGAGGUGAUGAGUUCUCCUCCGACCUCUUGCGGGCCUUCUGUCAGGGGGAGGGCAUCGAGCAGUCGUUCACGCUUCCGGGCUCACCGCAGCAAAAUGGGGUUGCUGAGCGCCGCAUUGGCUUGGUCAUGGAGAUCACACGUACCUCCUUGAUCCAUGAGGCGGCUCCCGAUUUUCUGUGGUCGUUUGUGGUCUGGUACGCCGCGCAGCAGCUCAACCUCUGGCCCCGUGUCUCUUUGCCGGAGACCUCGCCCACACUGCGUUGGACGGGGGAGGUUGGUGAUGCGUCGCGUUUCCGAGUCUGCUCGUGCCCUUGUCUGCGAUACGUCCGCGGACAAGCUCUCCUCUCGCACCAUUCCCUGUGUCUUCCUUGGCUUUGUCCCUGA